AUGAAACUCGGCAACGUCCUCGGCCGUCGCCACUCGAUUCUCUGGGGGUGCAGCAUCAUGAUCAUCGGCGCCGUUUUGCAGUGCUCCGCACAUGCUCUGGCUCAUUCCAUCGUCGGACGCAUCAUCACGGGUAUCGGGAACAGCUUCAACACCUCCACCGUCCCAGUCUGGCAGUCCAAGUGCUCGAAGCCGCACCAUCGGGGUCUGGCCGUGGUCUUCGAGGGAAGAAUUGUUGUCGUCGGAAUCGCCACCAGCCAAUGGCUUGACUUGGGCAUGUCGUUCACGGGGCCGAGCGCUGCUGCCUGGCGAUUCCCCAUCGCCUUCCAGCUGAUCUUCGCCAUCUCCGUCCUUGUGGGCGUAUACUACAUGCCAGAGUCACCCCGAUGGUUGAUCCUCAAGGAAAGGGACGACCAGGCGGUAACCAUUCUGAGCGCUAUUUACGAUGUAGACCGCGGCGACCACUUAGUUAUGGAGGAGAUCCAGGCGAUGAGGAUCAGUGUUCGCGAGUCAGCCGCAUCGAUCCCGGACGUCUUCCGAAUGGGACCCAAAAGGAACUUCCAUCGUGCGGUGCUAGGAUAUUUGACCCAGGUGUUCCAGCAAAUUGGUGGCAUCAACAUUAUCAUCUAUUACGCUGCCGCCAUUUAUCUCAACCAAAUGGGCCUGUCGCCGCUGGUGUCUCGUAUCAUUGCUGCGGCAGGAGGUACAUGGUGUAAUGGGAGAAGUUGGAAGUGGUGGAUAGCGUUAUGA